AUGGUAAUGCGAUCCGGCUAUUUAGCCCUACCGCUAUCACUGUUGCUCCUCACAAAAUGCACAUUAUCCUGCGCCGCUACUUCAAGCUCAACUACCCGUAAGUUACAUUCAUUGCUGCCCCUCCAAUAUACAUUUACAUAUCCAUUGCUUUAUUCAGUAUAAACUAUUUUUUCAGCAUGUGGAACUUGCCCGAGUCUUCAAGUCAUCACAGAUAACAACAGCUUGGAUCAUGGGGUGACUCUGACCAUGGGAACGAAUUCUGCACAGUGCGCCACACUAACAGUCACUUGCACCGGCGAUACCUCAACUUCCGAAGUUAUUUUAUUGGUAUGUCAGCAUUUUGCACUGCAUUUGGCCGUUGAAAGGUGCUACAAAAGCGAUGAAAAGCAAUCGCUAAAUUUCUUACACCUAGUCCUGGGCGGCGGAGAAGCCCUAAAUUUUGUAAAAAAAGGGGGCAAAGAGCUAUAAUUUUACUCUGUGAAGUGUAAGGGUAUCAAAAUGAAAAGUAAGUCCAGGACAGCCGUUUGAAAAUUGUUGAAAAACAAGUCAGCUACAUACCGGCUAUUUUUACUCAUUUGUAGUCGGAAGAAGAGAAAUUUUUAGAACGGCUCCUCUGAACUCACUUUGCACUCUGAUACUUUGCAGAAUAAAGUUAGAACACUUCUGCUCCCGGCGUGCAAUGCCCGAAGCUUCAUCGACGAACUUCUGCUGAGAAAUCGGCGGUUACUUUUCACUGCAUUUUGUAAAAUUCCCUGCAGUAUUUUAUAGAAAGUAAAAAAAAUCAAUGUGUAUGAGAAAAAAAAUACAUAAUGACAGUAAAACCGUUGUACAACCAACCCAUAUAACAAAACCCGUCUAUUACAAAAAACAAUGAGAUCCAAGCGCCAGUACUGUGUCUAACCAAGCCUGACCGAUUCACCACCGAACCGGACAAUCAUGGCGCACAGGCAAUUUGUCUAGCGCAAUAAAGUUGAAGGAGUUAAUUUGAGGCCACAAUGAACCGAACCUUGCCAUAAAGAAAUAUACUUUUGGCUAGCCACAUUCGAGUGUUUUAUUUUUGAGACUUUUUAUGCAAUUACUUUUACUAUAUACCCAAAAAGCUUUUUACAUCCAACCCUUUCAGUGGACCGACAACGGACAGGACCAAGGCUCCUCCACGGACAGCAACGACAAUUCAGUGACUCGAACUCUGGUCUGCAACAACAACAUGCAAUGGACCCUGACGGACAACGACUUUACUGGCGUUGUAACGGCAGUUGAGUGUCUGGCGACCUGA